AAUAUUCUCUUUUAUUUUAGUCCCAUGUGCCGUCCCUUCUCCACGUCUCAACGGCUGACCGGCGACCAGUGACCGGGCGACCGGCGGAAUAACUAGAAAGUUCCCAGCCUAUUUUACACGCAGGCCAUAUUCGUCGUGGUUAUUUAUAUCCUCAGAAGCAGUCGCCGUGGAAAAUACUCUUCACCAGCAACAUGUCUAGUAAGACCAAUAUUGCUUUACCGCUGGAUAAGUUGUCUUUGGAUUUAAUAAAACAUAUGGAGGGGCAACUAAGUCCUGAAAGGAGGAAAAGGACAUAUGUAGUUCUUGUAUCAACAGGAAGUUUCAAUCCUCCAACUUAUAUGCACUUGCGCUGUUUUGAGUUGGCAAGAGAUGCAUUGACUUCAGAAGGAAUUUGUGUGAUUGGAGGUUACAUGUCACCUGUAAAUGAUGCAUAUAAGAAGAAGAAUCUUAUAUCUGCGGAGCAUCGUGUUGCAAUGUGCCAAUUAGCCUGUAAAAGCUCAGAAUUUGUUAUGACAGAUACCUGGGAGGCAAGUCAGGAUAGCUAUCAACGAACAUUGACAGUUCUCUCCAGAAUAAAAACUGCUAUCAGUGGUGGAAGUUUGACAUCCACCGAUGACCUCAUGGUUAUGCUAGUAUGUGGUUCUGAUCUGCUAGAAUCUUUCAGCACACCUGGUGUUUGGAUACCUGAGCAGGUCAGGGCCAUAUGUAGAGACUUCGGCUUGGUUUGUGUCCGAAGAGAUGGCCAGGAUGUUGAAAAAAUCAUCACCGGUGAUGAAAUUUUGAAUGAAUAUAAGAAGAAUAUCCGAGUCGUGGAUGAAGUAGUACCAAAUGGAAUCAGUUCAACGGGACUAAGGGACUGCAUCUCAAAAGGGUUAUCAGUGAAAUACUUGACAGCCGAUGAAGUAAUUGAUUAUAUCAAACAACACAAUCUUUAUAGAGGGCAAUGAUCCAACAACUGAGUCCAAUUGUAAUUUUUUU